UUGUUUGUUUGCUUUUUGAAUUUGAGCCGCUAGUUUCCGCUGUCAGAAGAUCUGAGUUUCUAUGAUCUAGAUCUCAUACAUUCGACUUUAUUGUGUCGUUCAAAUGAAACCACCAGUGUGCAUCGUUGAGCUUUUAGUAUCAGGUGACUGGACAAAAUGAAGGUGAGAAAGGUCCAAGUCUACCAAAUACAGAUUCUUUAUAUUAUUUCCUGAAAACAGGAACGUUUUGCUCUUACCUUAUCCCUCCAGACUCCUUGGGAAUUUUAGGAUAUUUGCUAAGAAAAGAUUCUGUUACUACAGCUACUUGCAUGAAAGACGCUCAAUUGGCCAAUAUUAGUUACGAAACUUUGCAAAAAAUGGAGGAAUUAUAUGGGGAUCUCUCUUUUGCUAUGUGGAAACCAACUGCUCUUGAAAUUGCUCACAUUGUGUUAUCACAAGAAGAAACUUAUACCUAUUGGACUGACGAAAAGAUUAAGAUUCGUUUAGACGAAGGACUGUUCCCAGACAUGGAAAACGUUGAAAGUUUUGAAGUCCAUCCAGUAAUAGCGGAUAUGGUAUUAGUUCAAGGAAAAAUAAUGGAUACCACAACAGAUGUUAUUUACACUGGACCAGUAUAUAUUCCAAGUGACGUCAGAUUACUGUCACUGCUAGAUGAUCCAGAAUCACGACCAAGAGUGGUACUAAUUUUGCUAAGACAAGAAAAGUACCAAUACCAUUCUCGUACCAUUGAUGGAUGGAUAGACAUAAAAGACAUUAGUUACAGGGGCUUGUGUUUGGUGCAUGGUAUGAGAAAGUCAACAAUAACCAGUGUUGAGGAACUAGAUGAAACUUUAGGAUCAAGAGUUCCCCUGAAUUUCACACUAACAAUGGGGCAUCUUUUUCACCCAAAAGAUGCACUGAUUCCGAAGCCUCCUGACUCAUAACAUUAGAAAAACAUACAUCAUCUAUAAAAUAUUCUUCUAUUUGGAAGAGAAAAAAAGGAGGAAAUUCUAUUUUAUUUUUAUACAAAAUUG